AGCAUCCACGUAGGAACAAUAUAGCGUCUGUAACAUCUUUAGCAGUCUUGAUAUAAGUUAACUAAACAGAAUAAUGUGCCUUUCUUAAGAUGAGUUUUACUUGCUAUAACUUACACGUCGUUUUAAGAGAAGUUGUAAUGUUUCGCCACUGACAGACUUCCCUGUAAAACAAAGCAAAUUAUAAUGAAGUUCUGAACGGUGAUUACGUGGCUUUAGCUGCGUCAUAAAGGGCACAUUUCUGCAGUUUUAAGAUAUUUUAAUUAACAAUAAACGUAGAGUACAUGUGUCUAUUUGCUAGUGUUGGGAGUGUAAGAAGCUAACAGUGUAUUGUGCCAUAUGGUGACACGUAAAGCUGUUGCGGAAGUUGUUUCGGUUCCAGAAUUAGCUUUAUUCGACAGGAAUUUGACUUUAGGCAUUGCUUUUACUCAAUUAUACACAUCACAUCUAGGAACCAGGACAACCCCGCUGAACAAAUACAGAAGUAUGUGGAAACAAAUAGGAGUAGGCUAUACAAAUUCUCAGAAUAAAUCACCAAUAAAUCAAACAAUACAAAUAUAUCGUCUAUAUACACGUUUCUGAUUGUUGUAAACUUUGUACUCAAUGGAUAUACAGUGCAUUUACUGUAUGAUCAUGUAUGCACAUGUGUAGAUGUAUACAGGAUUUAUAUGGAAAGUGAUGGACGAUAAAUAAUGUUCCAUUUAAAAAAAAAAAAAUGUCUUGUAGUGUUGUUCUAGCUGUAUGUAUUGUAUAGCAACACAUUCAAGUCAUGCUAACAAAGUCUAUUAUAAAAUGAGUUUCUCAGUGGUGCCAGUGAUGGGAAUACAUAUAAUUAAAUUAGACUUUUUGAGUUUUUUUUUAAGUAGUUAGGAGAUUGUGACAUAUUUGCUGAACACAUUGCAAUGAAAUUACAAAUCCCCUGUGUGUCUGUUUCUUGUUGAAGGCAAAGGUCAGUAAAACAAAGGGGCCUCUCUUCACAUUUGUGUGUUUCUUAACAUUAGGAAACUGGUAAACCUAAGGCACAUUUGGAAAAGUUUGUUAAUGACAACAACUAUUUAGACACAAUAAAGAAUGUUGCCAUCCUGUGCAAUACACCUGCAAUGUGCAAUAUAAACACUAUCUGCAAUUCUACGGCGCUAUAAUCACUUUAAUGUAGACAUACUUUUUUGUAAAUGUGCCAACUUAUAUUCAUUUGAGGUCACAGUACUUCAAUGCCAUGUAUGUCACUGAGUUUACUGAAAUAACUGCUACUAAUUUCUAGCUAUGGUUGUGUACUUAUUUGUCUUAUGUAUGUCAUUAAUGUCAACAUUUAAACAUUUUACAUUGGGCUUUUGAAUCUUUGUUUUGACAUUUUAUAGACAAAACCUAGUUAACAACACAUUUUAAGAAUCUACACAAACAAAUAAUGAAAACAAUGGUGGAUUACAGCUCUGUCAACAUCAUUUGCCAAUUUACACAUGAGGGAUAAGUAGAGGAAUAUGUUUGAAUACUUAAGUAAUAGGAUAUAGCUAUUUAUGAAAACAUGUGAUACUUGUACAUCAGUUAUGAACCCCCUCCUCUCCCCCUCCUGUCAUCUGUCUGCUGCCCUACAUUUAGUCGUGUCUCAAUGCCAUUGUUUGCUGCGGGCUAUUGUUAUUCCAACUUGCUUAAAACAGCUGACAUGGCAGUUUCAAAUCAAAUACAGAUACAGAAGCCUGCAUAGGCACAGAAAGAGGUUAUUCUCAUUAGAAGUCUACCCUUUUUUCACAUUAGUGUUGUUAUGUCUUCCACAUUAAGGCCGUUUUAUUUCAUUUUUUUUACCUGCACAGCAAGGCUAAAUAGCAAUUUCAACUAAUCACUUUUUGUCACACAUUGUUUUUCAAUUCAAGCCUACCUUUCUGUCGUGUCCUCUUCCAUGGUCUCCAUCACAAUUUGCAACAUAUUUGCUUGACUUCCUCAUGAAUUGUCUUGGCCUAUGAAGGAUUUUCCAGUUUUGGUAUAGCAUGACUGCCGGAGAGUCCCUCCAUGUUUGAUGGCCCAGAGAGCUGUGGUCAAGCCCAGAAACUGUGUGGCCGAUCAGUUUGUGUGUGUUCAUGCCAAGCGUAUUUUGAAUAGCCUGUCCGAGCCUUUCAGAAACUGCUGGUCUGGCUGUCAUGUGCAGUGCAAGUGGGGAAGUAUGAAUUCGGUAUGACAGGAUGGUGUGCUUGUGAAAUUGUGUGAGAUAGAGGAAGCAUUGGCGGGUGACUGAAUAUACCAGGACUCUCUCAUAGAUUGCCAUAUUUUACGUCCCGAGCUUAAAGCACAAAGAACUAGAGCGCUGUCAUCUCAAAUGACCACUGAUCGAAGGAGUCCUAUAUAGCUUAGCAGCUCGUCUGUAAAAACGUUUGUAGCUACAUCUAACAAAAUGUAGCCUUACAUCUACAGACAGAUAGGUGAAGUGGCCGUAGCCUUGUGAGGCAGCCUCAGCUUUCUUGGGAAUGGAGGUACAGUUUCUUGAGACUGUUCCUGAGUUCCAGUGGUGGGAAAAGUCUUUGUAGCGGUGUCGUAUGGCAGAAAGGAGGUCAAGGAAACGCAGCCUGGUUGGGAGGGGACAUCUGCAUCCUUCACUGUGGUCCCAAACCAUGAAUAUUGUGGGCCAGUUUGCGGAGACGGUGUUUGUGACGGUGAAGGAGCUGUACCGCGGCCUGAACCCCGCCACUCUGACCGGGGGGAUCGAUGUCAUCGUGGUGCGACAGCCUGAUGGAUCCUUCCAGUGUUCCCCCUUUCACGUCCGCUUCGGCAAACUGGGUGUGCUGCGCUCCAAGGAGAAAAUUGUGGACAUUGAGAUCAACGGAGAAUCAGUUAACCUGCACAUGAAGUUGGGCGACAACGGAGAAGCUUUUUUUGUGGUGGAAAAUGAAAACGAGGAGUCCCAAGUCCCAGCCCAUCUGUGCACCUCCCCAAUUCCCCUUGAGGACCCUGAGGAGAUGGAGGAGACCCCCGAGGGAGCCUCCAUCACCGGGUCUGGUGCCCGCAGGAAGAAGCGCCGUCGCAAACGCAUGCGGUCUGAUACUCACCUGAGAGAAGAGGCCAGCUCCUCAUCAGAGGAGAGAGAAAGGGAGAAGGAGUGGGAGAGAGAAAGUGAUCCGGCCGGGGGGGAAAGCCCUGCUAUAGACGAGCCCCUCACACCAUUGCAAAUCAGUAAGUCAGUAUAUUACUCGUUGUCUGAGGAGCCAAAUGAUGAUCUGGGGGCCACACAGACAAGAGACACUCAUCCACACUCAGACGGAGAGCAGUCACCCUCAGAAAGCAAUGUGUUCUACAGCCGCUCAUGUUCUCCUAAGAGCGACUCCGAGCUUUUAGUUAAACCCAAAGAGUCGUCUGGGCCUCAGAUGCAGUGGAACUGGGGAGGUUUUCCCAUGCUGUGUCAAUCUGAGCGGACACCAGUGGAGUUACAGCACAUCUCCCCUUCUGGCAGUUCUCAUUUCCGCACCAUUGAAAGACAGGACUCGUUUGACAUGAGCUGUGAGCCUGUGAUCAGCUGUGGCAGGGUGGGCAGUGUCACAGUGGUCCGGCCACAGCCCAGGACUCAGUCCCUAGACCUUAGUAACCACACUAUGCAGACCCCACCUUUUUCUUUGGAGAAUAACUCUCACAUGGCCCAUUCCACCCCCACCGACCUCUCUGAAUCAGCAAAGACUAAUGUGGACUCGGCACAGGCGACAGGGACCACAUUAGAGGAAGAGGAGAACAGACACUCACCUUCAUGUUUAGAUAAUCAAACUAAUGGCACAGAUUCUCCUGCUAGCAAAGAAAUCACCAUCAGUGUUGAGCACAUCAGCACUGAUAGUGUGACCAAACCAAACGACACACAAAUACAACUCAUUAAAGAGAGCGACGACUGCACAGUUACAUCAACAAGUCCAAGUAGUACAGAGGUAUUAAAUCCACCACAGCAGGGUGCCUUAUCGGAGCAAAGUGAACAGGGUUCCACCGGCAGUGCCCCCAACAGCGAGGGGGACAGCGGGAUAGACCCCUGCGCUGAGGGGGGGGAGGAGGACGCUGCAGGGACUGAAGGGCCAGCAGGAGGCUCCCUGACAAACAUAACCGAGGGAUUAGCCAACCCUUCCGAGGCAUCAUCCAAAGUGGAGGACAAGAAGAAAGGUAAACGUAAUCACCAUCUCGGACAAACAGGUAUUUACUUGGAUGAUCUGACCAAGUUGGAACCCGAGGUGGCUGCGCUCUACUUCCCCAAGAGUGAGACAGAGGGGGCGUCUCAGCUCGGGGGGGAGCAGGGCUCCUGCUCGGGGAGCCAGUCUCCUCAGUCGGUGGGCAGCGGGGCCAUGGACAGCGGGACAGAGUACCUGUCAGACUCCACCUCCUACAACAUGGACGUCAGCAUGUCCCUCUGCGGACAGGUGGGAGACACCAGCCAAAUCACUAAAGAGAAGUUCAUGGAGCACAUCGUGACCUACCUGGAUUUUGCCAACAAUCCAGGAAUCAUUGAGGAUCCAAACCUUGUGAUCUGCAUCAACUCCAACUACUAUAACUGGGCCGUUGCUGCUCCGAUGGUCUUGUCAAUGACAACGUUCCAGAAAAGCCUACCCAAGAGUGCGAUAGAGCAGCUGGUGAAGGACAAAAUGCCCAAAAAGUCUGGACGCUGGUGGUUCUCCUGGAGGAGGAGACAAAUGGACGACAGCCAGCAAAAGGACUCAAAGGAGGAACAAGAGGAGCCACUGGCAACUGUUUCUUCCACAGUAAAAGCCACACUGGAUGACAUCGACAGUGAUGAGCGGGCGGGCCUCGGCCGAAAAGCCAUGCUUCCUGCCGGCCUAUCAACAGAAACCCUUAAUGCCACUCAGAGUAUCACACAGAUCUACCGCAAAUCACUGCGUCUGACCUCUGAACAGAUAGAGCACCUCAACCUGCGCGAGGGGGCCAACAAGGUGGUGUUCAGUGUGACCACACAGUACCAAGGCACCUGUCGCUGUGAGGCUGCCAUCUACCUGUGGAACUGGGGCGAUCGAGUCAUCAUUUCAGAUAUAGACGGCACUAUCACCAAGUCUGAUGCUCUGGGUCAUAUUCUACCUCAGUUUGGAAAGGACUGGACACACAAAGGCAUCGCAAAACUCUACCACAAAAUACACCAAAAUGGCUAUAAGUUCCUGUACUGUUCAGCGCGGGCCAUAGGUAUGGCUGCCAUCACCAAGGACUACCUUCAGUGGGUCAAUGACCAAGGCAUAGUCCUUCCUCAGGGCCCCGUGCUGUUGGCCCCGAGCAGUCUCUUCUCAGCACUACACAGAGAGGUUAUAGAGAAGAAGCCGGAGGUGUUUAAAAUUGCCUGUCUGGGUGACAUCAGGGACCUGUUCAACCCCCAGAGGCAGCCCUUCUACGCAGCCUUCGGAAACAGGACGAACGAUGCGUUUGCCUAUAAGCAGGUGGGGGUGCCCGACACCAGGUUAUUCACCGUCAACCCAAAAGGAGAGCUCAUCCAGGAGAGGACUAAAGUCAAUAAGUCCUCGUACAGCCACCUCAGUGAGUUGGUGGAACAUUUCUUCCCCAUGCUCUCCAUCGGGGGCAGCACGUCGUCCGCUUUGGACUGUCCUGAGUACAGCAGUUGCUCCUAUUGGAGAGAUCUUCUGCCAGAACUGGACUUGGAUGCACUACUGUAGACACACACAUACGUUUUAAAGCAACCAUAUUAACUCUAUAUGUUAUCUCCUGUUUCCAGCAUGUCUGAAUAUUGCCUUUGACAGAACUGCCAACUGUUGUGCCUGAUUAUGAGACAGAAUAAACAGAAAGAGCAUCUGUCUUUCUCAAAGAAGAAUUGCCAAAUUAAGUUAUAAUGUCCAUGGACUUAACAUUUCUAAGUGUCCAAACAUAAUGCAGUACUUAAUCUCAGUGCUCUAUCACUGAUGAUGGCUGUUAACACACACUUAAGCUAUUUGUAUGUGAAACUCCUACAGUGAAAACAACUGGACACUUGUGCCUUUGGACUUUUUCAGUUUUUUGUUAUUGUGUAUACCAGUAUCAUAGUCAUUCCAGAAUUGUAAUGUAACACUGUUGCACAUUUCAGCUCUAAACACUUACUGUAAACAUGUUUGUUAUAUCCUGCACAUGCCAAAACUUUUGCCUGUUCUGUUUGACUUAUAUGGAGAUUUUCCGUUCCUGCUUAUAGCUCAAACAUCCCAACACACGGCUACAAAACAAACCUGUUACUCUUCAUUCAGUCGAGAUAGUGUGUCUGUGUGUUGUUGACAUACAGAAUGUCUUUGUAUUGAGCAUUGUGGGGAGGGUUUUUAAUGCUACAUGUACCAAGCAACCAAAUAUGGUAUAAGAAUGUUUUUAAAUUAUUAGUAUUUUUUUGACAAUACUCUGUUGUCAAGCACAAGAGUAUUUUCUAAGGAGAGCUUUUGAUGGGAAGUUGGAUUUUAUUUUCUGUGGUAAUUGUGGAAUCACAGCCUGCAGGUGAAUAUGGAGGAGUAGUUUGUGGUGAGGGACGCUAGGAUUAUUUUUUCCUUAAUACCAGAGGAUUGCAAUAACAAGAUGAAAGAUCAUUGUGAAACUACAACAUGAGUUUCUUCUUUUCACGGACUGCACUACCAGUUUUAGAAAUGUUUGUACACUAGACGAUUGCGAAGGAGGGUCAGACUGAGACUUUUAUUCCAGAGAAGUGUAAAUGGACCUCGGAGGGGAACAGUGGUGUUUGUAGCCUGGCAAAGUGCCUUAUGUUGGAUGACUGUUAUAUUUAUUCAUUCUAAAUAUAUUUUAUUGUCAAACUGUGUGGAGAUGCAUUGGAGAUCAAUAUUUUAAACCAAAUAUAUAUAAAUACAAUUGAAAUGCAACACUA